GUGAAUUUCUUCAUUUCAUAUACCUAUUUAUUUCUUCUUCUUUUUUCUUUAUAAAAUGUCAGCCAUCGUUCCAAGAGAUGAAAAAUGGUAUCAAAAACCUGCAUUCCUCUCCUUCAUAAAGUCAACUGCCAUCAACUUUCUGUUACCCUUUAUCAAUGGUGUCAUGCUUGGGUUUGGUGAAAUCUUAGCUAACGAACUAGUAUUAAAAUAUGGUUGGUUUGGCUUUGCACGCAACAGCAAUAUCAGUGUAUCUUCUGUUGGUUUACCCUUAAAUGUUACAGCAGAAUAUAAGAAAUCGAUGCAUAACGAAUUGGAACGACCGGAAAGGAAAUGAUAUAUAUCCUCUGUAAUUAAAUAACUUAUAAUAAUAUAGAGAAUGAAUGUUGAAUAAAAUAUUAUCAUCAAAUAAUCAUCCCAAAAAAAAAAAAAUGAGGGCAUCUUGUAUGGAUUUUU